AUGGAUCUCAACAAUCCAUUGUCGUCAAGUGAGAGUUCGACCGAUAGCUCAUCCGAUAGUUCGAGUGGUUCAUCCGAGGUAGACGCGGCCAUAUCGAAGGUGGCCAUUUUGGCUGUGAAUGCUAUGUUGGACGCCGUUCGCGGCGAUGAUGAUAAUGAUGACGAUGCUGACGAUGAAGUUGUAAGACCGCGGUUUAAGAGACAGACUACUAUUGUGCGUAGGCGUCAAGAAGACGAAGCUCGACUCAUGCGUAACUAUUUUGUUGAUGAACCGAUUUACAAUGCAAAAAUGUUUAGGAGGCGGUAUCGUAUGAGUAAGCGGUUAUUUCUCCAAAUAUUUGAUGAUUUGGCAGCCGAGUAUCCAUUUUUCCAACAAAGAUACGAUGGGUCGGGGAAGCUUGGUUUCUCAACCAAGUUAAAGUGUACAUCGACGCUCCGUCAAUUGGCUUAUGGCACUAGUGUUGACGCAUUUGACGAGAACUUUGGCAUAUCAGAAAGGACCUCACGUGACACACUAGAACACUUUUGUACCGGCAUAAGGGAACUAUACGGUAGUACUUACUUAUGUAGACCGACUUGGAGUGAUCUACAACGGAUUUACGAGGUCCAUGAACAAAGCCAUGGUUUCCCGGGCAUGAUUGGUAGCAUUGAUUGCAUGCAUUGGACCUGGGAUAUGUGUCCUAACGCAUGGCGUGGCACUCAUACUCGAGGUGAUAUUGGAAAACCGUCGUUGAUACUUCAGGCAGUUGCGUCUUAUGACUUGUGGAUUUGGAAUGCAUAUUUUGGGAUGCAGGGGUCCAACAACGACAUUAACGUUUUUGAAGCCUCACCUGUUCUUGAGGAGCUCAUAUCCGGUUUGGCUCCUACACCUUCAUUUUAUGCAAAUGACAACUUUUACAAGGCCGGAUACUAUUUGGGAGAUGGCAUCUACCCGGAGUAUGCAAUUUUCGUCAAGACUUUUACCGACCCAAUUGACAACAAAAGAAAGUUGUUUAAGAAGAAACAGGAAUCGGCAAGAAAGGAUAUUGAAAGAGCGUUUGGUGUACUGAAGAAGAGGUGGAAUGUUAUUAGUAAUCCUGCACGGUAUUGGGACAAGGAUAAGAUGCAAUCCGUGAUCUACACUUGUAUCAUCCUACAUAACAUGAUUUUACAGGACAAGAACAAAGCUUUCUGUCAAAACUACGACCUGGAAGACUGA